GGCAUUUCAGAAAGUGUUUGACAGUUUGCCGUAGUGGUUGUGCGCAAAAAGUUUGUCAGAUUAGCAUUUUACUUGUUAUAAAUUAAUUAAAAGAAAAAAAACCAAAUACAAAAUGAGAGAAAUUGUACACAUUCAAGCCGGUCAAUGCGGAAACCAAAUCGGAGCCAAGUUCUGGGAAAUUAUCUCCGAUGAACAUGGUAUCGAUGCUACUGGUGCCUACCAUGGCGACAGUGAUUUGCAAUUGGAACGCAUCAAUGUGUAUUACAAUGAGGCAUCUGGUGGCAAAUAUGUACCUCGUGCCGUUUUGGUCGAUUUAGAACCCGGUACCAUGGAUUCAGUGCGCUCCGGUCCUUUCGGUCAAAUCUUCCGCCCAGAUAACUUUGUUUUCGGACAAUCUGGUGCCGGUAACAACUGGGCCAAGGGUCAUUACACAGAAGGCGCUGAGUUGGUUGACUCUGUUUUGGAUGUUGUACGCAAAGAAGCCGAAUCUUGCGAUUGUCUGCAAGGUUUCCAAUUGACUCAUUCGUUGGGUGGUGGUACUGGCUCCGGUAUGGGUACUUUGCUCAUCUCAAAGAUCCGCGAAGAAUAUCCCGACAGAAUCAUGAACACAUACUCCGUUGUACCUUCCCCCAAAGUAUCAGACACAGUUGUAGAGCCCUACAAUGCCACCCUCUCAGUCCAUCAGUUGGUUGAAAACACAGAUGAAACCUACUGUAUCGACAACGAAGCCUUGUACGACAUUUGCUUCCGCACCUUGAAACUAACCACACCCACAUACGGUGACUUGAACCAUUUGGUUUCGUUGACCAUGUCUGGUGUAACCACAUGUCUGCGUUUCCCCGGUCAGUUGAAUGCCGAUCUCCGUAAAUUGGCCGUCAACAUGGUUCCCUUCCCCCGUCUUCACUUUUUCAUGCCUGGUUUUGCUCCUCUUACAUCCAGAGGCUCCCAACAAUAUCGUGCUCUUACUGUUCCUGAGCUUACUCAGCAAAUGUUUGAUGCCAAGAACAUGAUGGCUGCUUGUGAUCCUCGUCAUGGUCGCUACUUGACCGUAGCCGCCAUCUUCCGUGGACGUAUGUCCAUGAAGGAAGUCGACGAACAAAUGCUUAACAUCCAAAACAAGAACAGCUCAUACUUUGUUGAAUGGAUUCCCAAUAACGUAAAGACAGCCGUUUGUGACAUCCCACCCAGAGGCUUGAAAAUGUCCGCCACCUUCAUUGGUAACUCCACCGCCAUCCAGGAACUCUUCAAACGUAUCUCCGAACAAUUCACUGCUAUGUUCCGCAGAAAAGCUUUCUUGCAUUGGUACACUGGUGAAGGCAUGGACGAGAUGGAAUUCACUGAAGCCGAAAGCAACAUGAACGAUUUGGUCUCCGAAUACCAACAAUACCAAGAAGCCACCGCCGAUGAAGAUGCCGAAUUCGAAGAAGAACAAGAGGCUGAAGUCGAAGAAAACUAAACUAUAAAAUAACAUAAAAAAGAAUUCCCCAAGCAAAAUCUAAAACAAGCAAAAUCGAAAAAAUAACAAAAUAAAAAACAAAUGUUCUAAUUUAACAUAA